AUGACUGAGACACCACACAAUGCAAUAGCGUUAAAGGACGUGCAAUUAAUCUCGCCCUCCGCGGUGAGGCUCGGUGACACAGUGUUGUUAAUGUGCAAAUGGACCCUCGAGGGUAACGAGACUCUGUACAGCGUGAAGUGGUACCGGGGCAGGCAGGAGUUCUUCAGCUACCUGCCCAAAGAGUUCCCAUUCACGAGGAUCUUCCCGUCGCCCGGGAUCGAUGUCGAUGUGUCAAAAUCGACGUCACAGCAAGUGGUGCUGCGGGAAGCGACGCGUGCGCUCGCCGGUCGCUACCGCUGCGAGGUCUCAGCAGAUGCGCCUUCCUUCCACACACAAGUUCGGUCGGCGUACAUACACGUUGUCGCUAGUACUGAAAAGAAGUACAAGUAA